UCUGCUGAAAAUGAAUGCAUGCAUAAGUUUUUCCAUGUCUUGUUGAGUCAGAAGCCCCUUAAUUCUGGCUAUAUUUUUUAGGUGGUAAUAAGCAGAUUUAGUGACGGACUUUAGAUGGUUAUCAAAUUUUAGGUCUGAGUAAAUAAUUACGCCAAGGUUUCUGACUUGAUUUGUAGCUGUUUGUGACAUUGUGCUAAGGUGCUUGCUUAUCUUUGACCUUUUCUUUUUUGGCCCAAAAAUGAUCACUUCUGUCUUCUCCACUUUUAACUGGAGAAAAUUAUGGCACAUCCAUUCAUCGAUUUGAUGAAUGCAUUUACUCAAGGAGACUAAGGGACUAUAAUCAUGUGGGGACACAGAAAUGUAGAGUUGUGUGUCAUCUGCAUAGGUGUGAUAGGAGAUGUCAUACUGUUCCAUAAUCUGAGCUAGGGGAAGCAUAUAGAUGCAGUACAUUUAAUACCCACCUCUGUUGUUAUAUUGUCACACCCCUUAUAUGACACAAGCAAGCUAGCUGAUUACCAGUCAACCUUUGAAUGUGUGAACAUGAGGUAGGAGGGCGUAGCUUAGCGGUAACACAAGUCCACCGAGAGGGAAGAUAUUAGCAGGUUCACAAGGAUCACGACACUUAAAUGCACCACUCUCAGAGCAGUGGUCAUUUCUCUUCAGUUCUACACUAAUAUGGAUGUCUUAUAUUCCACUGAGACCACCUAACUCUUGAAGUGGAUAGGAGAUAGUCAAUUUCAGCAUGCCGAACUAUCCACCUCAGCCUAUGAUUCGAUACUUCUUGCCUCUUUUGUUGUGGGUGGACAGUUUUCACAGAGUGUCUGGUUCUAUUGGCGAUGGCAGACAGAUGUGGCAGAAGCCCAAUCCGGCUCCUAUCAGUCUAGAACAAGCGUUUCUCCAUGAUACAUUCCCCCCGGGAUUUCUCUGGGGAUCCGGGACGUCCGCCUUCCAGACAGAAGGUUCCUGGGACCAGGAUGGAAAAGGUGCAUCCAUCUGGGAUCGUUUCAGGCAAUCCCAAACAGCCGGUGACAGCUAUCUUCGUUGGGAAGAAGAUGUGCAAGGACUUGAGUUUCUGGGGGUGAAUUCAUAUUCUUUCUCCCUGUCGUGGCCGAGACUGUUCCCUGAUGGAAACGCGAGCGGUUUUCCCAAUGAACUCGCCGUGGAGCACUACGACCGUCUGAUAAACAGGCUGGUGGAAAAGAAAAUCGAGCCCAUCGUUACCGUUCAUCAUUGGGAUCUACCUCUGGUCCUGCAGGAGGUGUACGGAGGGUGGAAAAACGAAAAACUGAUUGAAUUUUUUGAGGAAUAUGCUGCAUUUUGCUUCCGUACUUUCGGAGACCGCGUUAGGUACUGGUAUACGAUGCAUAACCCAUAUCUGGUGGCUGUGCAGGGGUACGGGGUGGGUGCGCAUGCCCCAGGGGAAACCGGGGGGAUUGCAGCAUCUCUUAUUGUGGCCCAUAAUUUGAUCAAGGCACAUGCCAAAGCCUGGCACACCUACGACACGCAGUAUCGCCCAACUCAGAAGGGAAGAGUAUCCGUUGUAUUGGGUUCCCACUGGGUGGAACCUCAAAAUGGACAAGCCUCGGCCACCAGCGUUCAUCUUUGCCAACAGUCGAUGGAAGCCGUUCUCGGUUGGUUCGCCAAUCCCAUUCUAGGUGAUGGCGAUUAUCCAGCCUCUCUGAAAAUCAAACAUGGUGACCUUCUGCCUGAGUUCUCUACCGAAGAGAAGCUUUGGGUCAAGAACACGUCCGACUUUUUCGCUCUGUCCUUUGGACUAAACAACUUCCGUCUGGGUCGGAACCUACCCCACUUUGGCCAGGCUGUUUCUCCAGAUCUGAGACGCGUCCUGGGCUGGAUAAAGCUGGAGUAUGGGGACUUGCCUGUUCUAGUGGCCGAGGGGGGAUGGUUUUCUGAAGCAAGUGUGGGAAGAGAAGACACAGUGGCCAUUUAUCUGAUGAAGAGAUUUAUUAACCAAGUAUUACAAGCCAUCAGGUUGGAUGGGGUUCAGUUGCUAGGCUACACCGCGUGGUCACUGCUGGACGGCUUUGAAUGGAAUUACGACUACUCCAUCCGUCGGGGCCUUUUCUAUGUCAACUUCACUCAUCCCAAUCGCACCAGGACGCCCAAAACUAGCGCUCAGUACUUCAAGCAGAUUAUUGCUGAUAAUGGUUUCCCCCAAAUGGAGCCCUCAACAGAAGUGAGAGGGCGUUUCCCCUGUGAUUUUCAUUGGGGCAUUGCUGACUCCACUUUACAGGCCCGGUUUUUCCCGUUCUCCCCCCAAUUUACAGACCCCCAUGUGUACAGCUGGAACCGGACAGGAGACGGAUCAUUGCGGGUUAUCCCAGGAUUGAAGCUUCACACGAAUCGUUCCCAGUGCACCGACUACCUGGCCAUUCGGAGUCACCUUUACUUGUUUGCGUCUACCGGGGCGACGCACUACCGUUUUGCUCUUAACUGGUCCCUGAUUUUACCACAUGGAGACCUCACCCAUGUUAAUGUGGAAGCUCUGAGGUACUACCGCUGCGUCCUCACUGAGCUGAAGAAACUGGACUUGGAGGCCCUGGUUAUCCUCUACUAUCCGACACACAAGGCUCCAAACCUGGGCUUGCCUGGAGCUCUGCACGCCUCUGGAGGUUGGCUCAAUUACAGCACAGUCGAGGCCUUUCAGGAAUACGCAGAACUAUGCUUCCGCAAGCUGGGCUCCUUUGUCCGUCACUGGAUCACGGUGAAUGAGCCUAAUAGAUUGACCGAUGUUUACUCUGACGGGGAUAAACAACAGAGGGCUGCCCGGAACCUCCUUUUGGCUCACGCGAAGGCCUGGAGGCUCCACCGGCAGAAGUACGCUGAUCAGCGAGGGACGAUGGUGUCACUAGCGCUGCAUGCUGAUUGGGCUGAACCUGCAAACCCUUUCCUUGUAGAGUCACAUUCGAAAGCGGCGGAGAGAUUCCUUCUUUUGGAACUGGGUCGUUUCCUGGACCCGUUGCUAAGGACUGGAAAUGAAUUUCUGACAGUGAGAUCUCAACAAAGCUCUCCAGUUCUUACCUUUACGGAAACUGAAAGAGAGGAGCUUCGAGGUGCCUUGAGUUUCAUCGCGUUGAAUCAUUUCACCACCCGCCUUGUCGCCCCUUUGCCAAUGAACCUUCAGCAAAAACAAGCCGGUAAUCACGACUGCCUUAUCCUUUCCGAUCCUACCUGGCCCUCGUCGCAUCUGGGCCAAGAUCUGGUUCCUUGGGGGCUGCGAAAGAUCCUGAGCUGGGUGACUAAGCGAUACGGAAGAGCGCUGCCUGUCAUUGUCACGGCAAGCGGGGUGGAUGAUCAGGCUCUUUUCCAGGAUAACAUGAGGCAACACUAUCUGAAAAGUUAUCUACAGGAGGCUCUUAAAGCACACCAUUUGGAUGGAGUCAACCUCCGUGGUUUCUAUAUGUGGAAGCUGCAGGACGAUCAUCUACCCCAGUAUGGUCUUUUCACCUCUACCCAGCAACAAUCCAAAGCCAAGGCGUCCAUUAGCGUCUACAAACAAAUCAUUAGUCAGUGGGGAUUCCCCGAAGACAGCGCCUCGCACACGUGCCGCUCCGGGGAGGUCCAGUCGGCGUGUUCUGUAUGCGUAUGGGUGUCCGACAACAAGGCCCUGACCGUUUUUGGCUGUUGCCUCGUGAUCACUGCUGUCAUCUUCACUGCACUUGUCUUCUCCAUGCUCACGACCAGGAGAAAGUACAUCAAGGGACGAAGGAGUGGAGUGAGCAUGUUGAACAGGAGAAGAUGAGGAAGGAGUACGGUUGUUUUGUUUAUCGUGGUGGACUUGUUAAGAUGAAGGGGAAAACUGUAUAGUAGUGGUGGGACAAUAUAUCCAUAUUGUGAUAUCAUGAUACUUUCUAUCCUAUCGCAUAGACUUCACGAGCAGUUGACAGGAAAUCAGGCACGGGGCCGCGCUGUAGGAGGCCUAUUUUCAAAAACUUAAAAUUCAAAGAUUUUCAAAACCAAAGCCACUAGCGACCUAAACCCAAUCAGGCACUUCCCUUAGGCAUAUAUGAGUCUCCAUGAGCAGCGACAUCAAAAAAGUCGUUUCAAAAUAAAAUCUUGAUUAACUCAUUUGCUCCCAAAAAUGUAUAAAUAUGUUUUGUUUUUAAUUGUUUCAGUGUCCCAAAGACGUAUUUAUAGGUCUUUUACGUUUUUUUUUUCACAAGAGACAUCUCUAGGUUCUGAUUCAACUUAGCUCCAAAGCACAAAGCUGAAAAUCCAUUUUAAAGCAAUAAAACAGUCCACUGGAGGGCAGUAGCACAUUUGGUAAGUCCCCCAACCCGAUUCAACGGAACGAACGGCGGGCCGCACGGCCUGGGCGCAGGCGGAAGACGACCGAUGGACGUCCCGGAUGCCAGGCGGCGGACGACCGAGUAGAACAACCGGGAGGACGCCCGGGAUGCCAGGCGCUGGACGACCCAGCAGA